AUGGACAAGAUGGGUUCGCCGGAGCAUUCCAGUCUCGAGCAGGCUCUGGAGUUGAUGUCCAGGGUACCUCUGAUAGAAGACGGACACAAUGACUGGAUGCACAUGAUUCGAGCCUAUUACGACUUCCACGUCGAUGAGCGUUUCGAGCCCCAGCGGGACCUCGCAGGCCAUGUCGACUUGAAAAGACUGGUCGAAGGCCGAGCCGGCGCUGUCUUCUGGAGCGUCUACGUUGAAUGCCCAAAGGAGGAAGAUGACUUCUCGGAUGCCCUUCACCUCUGCAGCCUGCGGGACACGGUGCAGCAGAUUGACUUGUUGUACCGCAUAGUCGACUUGUACCCUGACAAGCUCGAGAUUGUCCAGAAAUCACAAGACAUUAUGCGCAUCUUCAAGAGCGGCAAAUGUGCCAGUCUCAUGGGCGCAGAGGGCUUGCACCAGAUAGGGAAUAGUAGCAGCGCCCUGCGCAUCUUCCACAGACUUGGCGUCCGCUACGUCACUCUGGCGCAUGGGAAGAAUAAUCUCUACGUGGACAGCGCCACGUCCAAGGCUCCCGUUCACCAUGGACUUUCUUCUCACGGGAGGGACAUGGUGCGUGAGAUGAACCGCAUAGGAAUGAUCGUGGAUUUAUCCCAUGUCAGCGAAGCAGCCAUGGUUGAUGCGUUGAAUGUGUCACAGGCACCAGUAAUCUUUUCACACUCAUCUGCCUAUGCUCUAGUCCCUCAUGCCCGAAAUGUGCCGGACCAUGUUCUGGAUCUACUCAAAGAAAAUGGGGGCAUCAUCAUGAUUAGCUUCAUUCCAUGGCUGACAAACAAAGAGCCCGAAAAGUCUACAGUCGACGACGUCGUGGACCACAUUGUGUACGUCGGAGACAGGAUAGGCUAUCAUCACUUGGGUUUGGGCUCGGAUUUCGACGGCAUGCCAACUCACGUUCAGGGUCUGGAAGACGUCUCCAAAUACCCCAAUGUCGUGGCGAGGAUGCUAGAGAGGGGCAUCUCUCCUCAAGAUGUGGAAAGAGUCAUUGGCCUCAACCUGAUAAGGGUGUUGAGGGACGUGGAGGAAUUUGCUGCCUCGCACUGUCGGUCGAUUUCUGUUUUGGAGGAUAAAGUGCCUCAGUUGUGGGAUGAUGGGAUUCGGACCCAUGUGAAAAGACUGUAUCCUAAUGCCGAGCAUGACAAGCCACAUGGGAACAUAGGGUAG